AUGGACAAAUACGUGCUACUUCCUUGUAAUGAGUCAUCAUCCCCUGGCUUUCUUGAGCAUCUCCCUUGCUUGUUCAAAGAAGUCAAUGUCGAGGGCCGCUACGCACUGAGAUUCGCUGUUGAGGCAUGUGCUUUCGCAGAUCUUUCUCGUGAACAAAGCUCAGAGGAACUGGUCCAGAAGUCACUGGAGUGUUAUGGCUUUGCUCUUAGUGCCCUUGGACAAUCUUUGGCUGAAAAGAACAAGACACCAGAUGAUUACGAUUUGAUGACAGUGGUGAUGCUGGAUAUAUUCGAGACACUCUUUAUGCCUGACUCGUCGACAACUGGUGCGCACGCGCAAGGCAUGGCACAUAUCUUGCGACUCCGUGGCCAUGAUCAGUUCCAUAACCCCCGUGGCUGGGGCCUCUUCCGUCUAGCUCACCAUAGACUACAAAAGCAGCAACUGGCUAAGCAAUUUAAUCCUCUACCUGAAUCGCAAGAUUGGCUAGACAAGCUGAACGACGAUGUGGCUUCGGUAAAGCUAGAGAAGGACGGUCUAGCAAUCAACCAAGUGUGUCAGAAGGCAAAUCAUGUACUGGAUUCUAUCGAUGCUGGAGAUGUCGAGGCACACGAGUUGUUAGACCUGGUUGACGCGAUGCUUCGCUUGGAUCAAGAGGCUGCUAGUUGGCGAAAGAAACCAGAAUGGGGCUUCCAGACUAGGACCCGUCAGGAAAUACUCGAUAAAAGAGACUCCAAGUUCUGGUUGCCAGAGUCUAUUCAGCUUCAUCCAGACUUAUGGAUGGCAUACGAGUGGAAUUAUCACCGUACUGCACGCAUCAUUCUCCUUCAGAAGCUGGCAGCUUGCUUGGAAAAGGUCAAGGGUGCACUGUCAUCAGACUCUGGGAUUACAACUAGGAUCACAGAAUCAGUCAAUACCAUACAGUCUUUGGCUGGCGAGGUCCUGGCAACGGUUCCCCAAUCCUUCGGCGACAUCGAUCGCCUUGGUCAGUGGCACGCGGGGUCAAAGACGGCUCGUUGGCAGGCCGUUGGUGCAUACCUUUUGCUUUGGCCGAUGAAGAUCAUCAAAAGCCAGAGCGCCUUGACUACGGAUUCACAGAAAGCGGAUGCGCAGCGAGCGUUUGACAGGAUUAGAGAGUGCACAGGCAUCAAGUCAAGUUUGGGUGUUCUAUCCGAGAUCUAA